AUGCAUUCAAUACCUACUAUUGAUAGCUUCUAUGUUCUUUCAUUUCUAUUACCGAUGACCUGGUCAUUCUAUCUGACAUCUAUUUUACUUGGUUUCGGUGCGGCGAUACUUUGGACGGCAGAAGGUGCUUACUUGGCAGCCAACUCCGAUGAGCACACCACUAGUCGGAAUACUGGUAUCUUUUGGGCAUUGUUUCAAUCCAGUCUUCUUGGUGGCAAUCUCUAUGUUUAUUUGUCGCUCAAAGCUGACGUCAUCACUCGAUCAACUCGAUAUCCGCUCUUCACUGUCUUCUCAGUGGUAUGUGCCAUUGCUCUUGCGAUAUAUGCGUGUAUCAUCUGGCGAUGGCUAAUCGAACGACGUCGACAACAAAUAAAACUGGAGCCUAUUGAACGAAAAAAAGCUCUAAGAGAUGUCGUUGAAACGUUUAAUAUAGCCUUAAGGCUGUUAAGAACACGAAAUAUGCUUUUGUUGUUGAUCCCAUUCGCCUACACAGGUUUCUCGCAAACAUUCUUUCAAACAGUCUAUGCCACUUGCAUUGGACACUUAAUCAAAUAUGGAAAUACUCGAAAACGACUCAUUGGUUUGCAUGGUGUACUUUUGGGCAUUGGAGAAAUAGUAGGUGGUGGAUUGUUCGGAUUUGUUACCAAACCGAAAACAUCAUCUCAAUGUGCUCUAGUAAUCUUGAUUGGAUUCUUUUUACAAAUUGUGUUUUACUAUUCGGCUUGGAUCAACUUUCCUGCUGAUGCACCAGCACGUGAAACAAACACUGAAUCAUAUUUUCAAUUUAGCUCAUCAUUAAGUCAAAUUAUUGCUUUUGUCGGUUCUUUUGUAGUAGGACUUGGAGACAGUGCAUUAAAUACACAGGUAUGUGGCUCUGUAUUUGUCUAUUGA